AUGCCAAAAAUGGAGCGUCGCGUUUCGGAGUGUGACGUUCAGGCCGUGGAUCUCGGCAAGGUCGAUAUUGUCCAUGAUGAAAAGGCCCAAGAUAUCACCGCGAUCACAUCGGCCUUCGCCAAUUUGACGUACGCUGGUUAUGCCGCCUCCGUCAUUGGUAGCAUCAUCGCCAAUGAGGGUUUUAUCCGGCAAUUUGCGACUGUCACCGACUCGGAGACGGGGGCGCGUGUUCUCGCCUCGACGCAUGUGUCGUUGUGGCAAGCCAUCAACUUCGUUGCUCAGAUCUUCAUCCAAAUGAUCGCCCCCAUCACUGCUGAUCGCUUUGGUCGCAAGUUCAACAUGUGGGCUUUGACAAUCUUUCUCACAGCUUCAAUCAUAUUCUCCAUCGUCGCCAAGACUUGGGAAGUCAUCCUAGUUUCCCGCAUCAGCAGUGGCAUGGCGGGAGGUCUUCUUGGAUCUUCAAUCAUGAUAUAUAUGUCGGAAACUGCCAUGCCGCAAUUUAGAGGUGCUCUUCUUGCUAGCUUUUCUCUCUUUUUCGCGGUGGGCCAGCUAUUCCUUGCUAUUGGGCUGAAGAUCCUUGAGAAUACUGCACCACUUAGGUUCCGGAACAUAUUCUAUUCCGAGUUCGUCCUGUUCGGUCUCUGGCUGAUUCCCAUGGUCUACCUCCCGGAGUCUCCCGUAUGGUAUGCCCUACAUGACCGUCCGGACGACGCCAAGAGAGCUCUCCGCCGUCUUGUUGGGAAUGUGGAUGGCUACGAUGUCGACCACGAGUACGAUGUUAUCAAGUACGAAGCGGACGAGUCCACCCGCCUACAACUCCAGAGCGGCAAUACUGAGUGGCGCGCCUUCUUCACAAACACGAACAUGAAACGCACCAUCAUCUCCACGCUGCCUUUCACCAUGCAGAACUUUGUCGGCGCACCCCUGUUCUUUAAUUAUGCCACCUACUUCUUCUCGCUCGCUCAGCUCGAUGACCCUUUCCUCGGCAACCUUAUUAUCCAACUCGUACUAGUUGCAGGCAUUAUUACUUCGUUCUAUCUCGUUGACAAGACCGGUCGCCGCACUCUUGUACUCAUCGGAGGCGCAUUCAUGUCUUUGUUGUGCUUCAUCGUGGGCGGACUCGGUUUCUUGACGCCAAACGCGGCUACUGGGUCCGCUCUGGUGGCUUUGUCUUCCAUCUGGGCCUUCACCUAUGCCAUUUCUGUUGCCCCAAUUGGAUGGAUCAGUCUCGUCGAAGUGUCGAGCCCGCUUUUCCGCGCCAAGACUACAGCGUUGGCAUCGAUAAUUCAGUCCGCAUCCGGCGUGCUUUUCAACUAUACUGUUCCUCUCAUGUUGUCCAACCAGAACGCCGGCUGGGGUCAGAAAAUUGGUCUCUUUUUUGGAGGCAUCUCUGUUGUUUACAUGAUCCCGGUGUUUUUCAUGUUUCCUGAGACAAAGGGUAGGACAUAUCAAGAGCUGGAUGAGUUAUUUGAGAGGCAUGUUAAAGCCUGGAACUUUGCCAAGACCGAGACAUCCCACCAAAGGAGCGUUGAUGCAAGGCUUGGUCACUCAAUCUGA